AUGACAGCAGAGACGGCUCGUCGAGCUGCAAAGACCCGUAACUGUCGCCACGCUUACCACUCGCUGAGGGAUGCUGUGGAGGGAAGCAGGCCUGGGGAUCGGAUUGUAUUAGAGCCUGGCGAGCAUGAUGUGGCAGAUGUCCACAUCUCCUGGCCGCUGCACUUGGUCGGCGGAGGGAUUACUGCAGAUGACACUGUCCUGCGCUGCUCCAAAAGCAGGGACGGUGUCCUUGAUUUCAGGGCGUCAGGGAAGGUGCAAAACUUGACUAUCCAGAGCAAGGCUAACGCGUGCAUCACUCACCGGCAAGGGGCUCUGACUGUCGAGGGGUGCAGCUUGCGGUGCACAGGCACAGGCUUGAACCACCUCUUUGCCCCGCUGGUAACACUUGCAACACUGCCAGCGCUUCACGGCAAUGGGCUGCCUGCCAAAGGCGGCGCAGGCGUCCUGACUGUCAUUGAGACCAAAAUAAGGGGGCAGCAUGGGUCUCUGGCAGUCAGGACAGAGGGCAGUGGGGCGCUGCGAGGCGUCAGAAUUAUUAAUCUAUUCCGAGGCACGCUGUUCUGGUUCAAGGUUGACUCGGCAGUCUCCGCCACAAUUCCUGUCAAACAGGAGCCAAGCCUCAGCAGCAUGCAGGGCCAGCCUGUGAUGGUCAAGCAAGAGGGGACUCCACACAGAGGUGAGGAGCCGGCACACUCGGGAGUGCAGCCAGGGCUGCAGCCAUCAUGGGCCAGGAGCCCAGCCUCUCCGUCGGUGGCUGUGCUGGAGCAGCGCGCCAAAGCAUGGCACAUGGCGCACCACAGGGAGCGCGCAGCCCCAGCAGCAUCUGCACUCAGCCAGGAAGAGGAGCUGCCUGGCUCCAAACGCCGGCGAUUUCACUGA